GGAAGAAGAUGACAUUAAUGAUGUGGCUUCUAUGGCUGGUGUUAACUUGAGUGAAGAGCAUGCGUGCAUAUUGGCAACCAAUUCUGAAGCAAUCGGUACUAUUUUGUGCUCUUGUCCAGAGAAGCUCCUCCUUUCUUCAGAGGCAUUGCAGAAGAGGAUCUUAAAAAAAGGUAAAAGGCAUGACAUUAUGGAAGUUAAUUCUGAUGUUCUGAACUUGAUCUCACAUGCUACACAGGAGAGAUUAAGAGGACUUCUAGAAAAACUAACUUUAAUUGCUCAACAUCGUAUAAGGACCUAUAAGGGGAAUGACGAGUACAUUUUAUCUAAUGAUACGCGGUCUCAGCUUCAGUUUCUUGAACAAUUGGAUCAGGUUGAGAAACGGAGGAAAGAUGAAGAAGAAAAAGAACAGUUGCUCCGGGCAGCCAAGAGCCGUUGCAAUAAAGACGAUCCAGAGCAGCUGCGUUUAAAGCAGAAAGCCAAAGAGAUGCAACAAUUGGAAUUUGCACAAAUGCAGCAAAGGGAGGCUAAUCGGGCAGCCCUGGAAGCUCUUGGGCCAAGAAAGAAGAGACCACUGGAUUUGUCUAGUUCUUUUUCUGGACUUGAGGGUUGGAAGGAUAAUGAAUUUCUAUCAUCUGGUCUUGCAAAACCAUACCUUUGGCCAAGAAUAACCCGAAUUUGUCUCAGGGACUUGAUCUUUUGUCUGGAACAAGAGAAAGAAACAAAGCAUUCUCUGAUCUUAUAUCAAGCUCUUCUGAAAUAGUGGCUAAUCUAAUUCUGCAUUUCAGCUUA